AUGACCUCACCCAUACCAAUACAUGUUCAUGGCCCCAUCUCAGCAGACCUCCUACCCAUAUAUAUCCUCCUUAUUUUUGUCCCUCUCCUCAACGUGUACUUCUUCUUCAUCGGAACCGUCUGCACACGCAUUUGGUUUUACAAAGGCUCUCUUGGCCCCGAACCUGAGAAGUUCCUCAUCCUACACAAAGAGCUCAAAGACCGAUGUCGAAAAUCACUGUUAUCCCCAGGCACAGCUGUGUCCGAGCAAGAUGAUACGGGCACAACAACGAGAAGGCUAAAUAUACGCGGCACUAUGUUCCGAACCCCAGUACAACGCCACUAG